AUGAUCCCCUCUAAAUUCAACCCGCCGCCGCUGGCGCUCCUUGCGCUCCUCCUGAGUGGCGCGUACCACACGACCGCCCGCGACAUUUUCGUCUCCCCCGCAGGCACAGGCACGGGCACCCUCGACGCGCCGUACGGCUCCAUCCAAUCGGCCGUCGGCGCCGCCGUCGCGGGCGACACGAUUUUUCUCCGCGGGGGCACGUAUGCGCCGACGGCGAAUAUUCAGAUUGCAAAGAGCGGGACGCGGACGCAGCCGAUUACUAUGAGGGCGUAUCCGGGGGAGAAGGUUAUCGUCGAUGGGGAGAAUAUGCCUGGAACUCCAAAGGCGUUGGGUGAGGCCUUGCCCAAUUCUGAGCGCGGGAUCUUUCACAUCCAAAAUGCGAAUUACUGGGCAUUCUACGAUUUGGAACUCAUCAACGGGCCCUACGGGAUCUACGCCCGCGACGCCUCCCACAACACCUACACAAACAUCUCCACCCACGACAACUACGAAACGGGCUUCCAGCUCGAGGGCGCCUCAUCCAACAACACCGUCGCGAACCUCGACUCCUACCGCAACCGCGACCCGCGCAAGAACGGCGAGAGCGCAGACGGCUUCGCGUGCAAGUCAGGGUCCGGCGAGGGCAACGUCCUGCGCAAUGCGAGGCUGUGGGAUAACGUCGACGACGGGCUCGACCUCUUCAUGUUCGGGUCCGCCGUGGUGCUGGAGGAGGUGUAUGCUUGGGGCAACGGGUAUAACCGGUGGGGGUUCAGCCCGUUUGAAGGGGAUGGAAACGGAUUCAAAUUGGGGAUCACGGGGAACCCUGUGGCGGAUCAUGUAGUGCGGAAUUGUAUCGCGUUUGGGAAUUGGAAGAAGGGGUUUAUUGAUAAUGGGAACCCGGGUAGUUUGACUUUCGAGAGGAACUCGGCGUGGAAUAAUGGGGAUACGGGGUUCCUGAUGCGGAGUUCGUCUUCGGUUAUGCGGGGGAAUGUCGCGGCUGUGAAUGGGGCUUCGGGGAGUGCGCAGGUGAGUUUGGUGAGUACUGUCACGGCGACGGGGAAUUCGUGGAAUGAUGGGACGACGUGGACGAAUGCGUCUUUUGUGAGUGUUGAUGCGUCGGUUUUGAAGGGGCCUCGGGGCGCGGGUGGGAAAGUCGUGGGGAGUAGCUUUUUGACUCCCAAGAGUGGUGCGCCUAUUGGAGCGACUACGUUGCAGGAGGUUUGA